AUGCAGCUCUUCGUGAAGCAGCUGAAAGAAAAGAUCAUACCUGCAUUUGAGGCUGCCCAUGGCCCAGGAUAUCAAGCCCUGUUCAUGAUCGACAACUCACAGGGUCAUUCAGCUUAUUCCGAGGAUGCUUUGCUGGCUCAACGGAUGAACCUUAAUCCAGGCGGCAAGCAAGCUCGACUCCGCGAUGGCUGGUAUCUUGAUGCUGACAAGAAGCGUAAAUCAGCCCAAAGGGAUGCGCGUUGUUCUCCAAGAACGUGGACUUUGGCGAUCAGGGCUUCUUCGAGAGUGCAAGAAUCCAUGCAACACCGAUCGUGA